AGCUGCGGUAGCUCAAGCUCCACGGGUGGUUAGCUCUCGCUUUCCACGCCCGCCGCGUCCUACCCCCUGCCGUCACCAACGUCAGACUCCAGUCGGCAGCGGCCGUCCCGGCGCGAUGGAUCCGGUGCUGAAGUCGCAGCUGAUCACGAGCGUGCAGCGCUACUUCCUCGAGUUUUUGGAGCACUUCGAGCUGACCGCCGAUGACCGGGGCCUCAGGGCGGGCGAGAAGUAUUAUAUGGAGCAGGCGAAGCUGAUGAUUCGGGAGAAGAAGAACACCUUGUACGUCAACGUCGCCCAUCUGGCGGAGGUUGCCCAG